CACAUCCAGAGCCCAGAGACCAUUGAGUGGUUUGGACGAGAAGAGCCCGGCCGGCGGCCUCUAGCUCUUAGCAUUUGGCGUGCCUUCACCUAACACAUGGCAGGCAAGGCAUUGCGGACGCGGCAGGUGGUCGCCGCUGCUUCGCUGCUGUGGCUUCUCCUUCUCCCAUGGCCAUGGGCUUCGGCCGUCCACCGGAGCGACUUCCCGGUGUCCUUCCUCUUCGGCACCGCCACUUCCUCGUACCAGAUUGAAGGCGCAUACCUUGAGGACAACAAAAGUUUAAGCAACUGGGAUGUGUUCACUCAUGUGCCAGGAAGAAUCAAAGACGGAAGCACCGGGAAUAUCGCGGAUGAUCACUACCACCGUUACGAGGAAGACAUUGAGCUUAUGCACUCUCUGGGCACGGACGCAUACAGAUUCUCGAUAUCAUGGGCCAGAAUUCUUCCAACAGAGGGAAGGUUCGGCGGAGUUAACCAAUUAGGCAUCGAGUUCUACAACAAACUCAUCGAUUCACUCCUGUUCAAAGCAUAUUAUUUUCUGCUGGAGCACGCAGGGAUAGAGCCAUUCGUCACGCUGAGCCACUACGACAUCCCCCAAGAACUCGAAGACAGGUACGGGGCCUGGCUCAGCGCCGAGGUACAGAGAGAUUUCGGCUACUUCGCCGACGUCUGCUUCGCGGCGUUCGGCGACCGCGUCAGGUACUGGGCCACCUUCAACGAGCCCAACGUCGCCGUGCUGGCGGGCUACAUGCUCGGCACCUACCCGCCGGCCCGGUGCUCGCCGCCGUUCGGCUCCUGCGCCGGCGGCGACUCCGAGGCCGAGCCCUACGCCGCCACCCACAACGUCAUCCUGUCCCACGCCACCGCCGUCGAGAUAUACAGGCGGAAGUACCAGAGCAAGCAGAAGGGCUCGAUCGGCAUCGUGAUGUACACCACCUGGUACGAGCCGCUGACGGACACGCCGGAGGACCGGCUGGCGACUGAACGGGCACUGGCCUUCACGGUUUCAUGGUUUCUUGAUCCAAUAGUCUACGGCGACUACCCGCCGGAGAUGCGGCGGCUCCUGGGCUCCCGGCUGCCGACCUUCUCGCCGGAGGAGAGAAGGAAGCUGGGUUACAAGCUGGACUUCAUCGGGAUAAACCACUACACCACCCUGUACGCCAUGGACUGCAUGUUUUCGUCAGGCUGCCCACUGGGGCAGUGGACCCAGAAUGCGCUAGCGGCCGGCACCGGAGAAAGGGACGGAGUCCCCAUCGGACCACCAACAGGGAGGUCGAUGUUCUACGUCGUGCCUGACGGCAUAGAGAAGAUGGUCACCUACAUCAUGAAGAGAUACAACAAUCUGCCAAUGUUCAUCACCGAAAAUGGCUACCCACAGGUUGAAGAAGGUCAUACCAAUGCCCAAGAAUGGCUUCACGACCAGGCUAGGAUACAGUACCUUGAUGGCUACCUCACCAAAGUUGCCAAAGUUAUAAGGGACGGAGCUGAUGUUCGUGGCUACUUCGUCUGGUCUCUCCUCGACAAUUUUGAAUGGCUAUAUGGAUACACCCUCCGGUAUGGGCUGUACUACGUUGACUACCAAACACUGGAAAGAAAGCCCAAGUCAUCCGCGCUGUGGUACAAAAGGUUCCUCCAAAGUUUACAUGAAGAUCAAUAGAGAGGGAGCCUUAUUUAAAUCUUGAGAAAAGUGUGUGACGGCUGAGCAUGCUGGCUCUUCAAUUUAUGAAAAUGAAGAGCAUGGUUUUGUAUAAAUUGAUUAAUCCUGAAUAAACGGCCACCAAGUCGCCAAAUAAUUAAUAUGACCUCCUGAGAACAAAGUA